UCCAGGGUCUCCUCAACGCUGCUCGCCAUGGCAGGGAAGAAGGCCACAUUCGAGAUAACAACCCUUACCCGCGAGUACAAGUACUCUCAGGAGAUAUCCCAAAUGAUGUUUGUCUUCGGCGAGGUGCAGGACCCGAAUAUGGAGACUGUAAACCUGGUGGAAGACAUUGUCAGAGGUCAAAUAAUCGAGUUGAUAGUCCAAGCGAGAGGACUUGCAACUCGUCGUGGCGCGCGAUACCUUUCAGCAGAAGACCUAAUAUUCCUCAUUCGACACGACCGUGGCAAGGUCAAUCGACUGCGAACGUAUUUGUCAUGGAAAGAUGUUCGGAAACAUGCUAAGGACUCAGGCGGAGACGGUGGUGGAGGCGUAGAGGUUGAAGCGCUUGAAGACGGAGGAGACGAGAAACUCACGGCCAAAGCACAGAAAAUCACAAUUAAGUUGCCUUGGGAAAUCACGACUAUAUACUCAGAGGUGCUCAAACAAAGCGGCCACCAGUCAGACGAUGAAGAAGACGAGGAUGACAUUGAAGCGCAUGAAGCCUCAGUCUUGCGACUCAAAGAAGCCGACGACGCAACACGACAAAUGACGCGAGAAGAGUAUCAGCACUAUUCUGACUGUCGACAAGCUUCAUUCACAUACCGCAAAGCGAAACGAUUUCGCGAAUUCCUCAACUUACCUACCCACCUCGACCUGAAGGCUGGCGAUGACACCGUUGACAUCGUCGGUUUCCUUGCAUUCGAGAUGGUCCGGUCGCUUACUCUCGCUGGUCUCGCCAUCAAAAAGUCACUUGAAGAGGACUCCCACUUACGGGAAGAAUACGCGUCGCCCUUAUUAGGCAAGCGGAAAGCACUUGGUGUUAUGGGUGGGGCAGAGAAACGACGGCGAGAAGAUUCUCCAGACCGUGAUGCAGAGACGUCGUUGCCGGUCAACACCCUCUUCUUGCCCCCGCCAGAGGCCAGAACCGCUUUGCGGCCCGAACAUAUUCAAGACGCAUUUUCCAGGAUGCAGAAUGAAUGGGCUCAUAGCUUGCUCUUCAACCACCAUGACUCCAAGCGUUUUUGGCGCUCUUCUCUCAACUGCCGCGAUCCCCCGUUUCACUGCCCUCGCGUCCGCUACAAUGGGGAGACCUCAAUGUCAUAUCAACAACCGACACCCAUGGCUGGACACCAGAAGAAGUCCCCGCCAGAACCAAACUACAGUGGGACGUGGGGAGACUACGCCUCGUUUGUAGCGCACAUGAAGCGAAUAGCCGAGGAGAUGGACGUCGACCUGCUGUUGGUUGAUUCGGGCGACAUGCAUGAUGGGACAGGGCUGUCGGAUGGAUUCCCCCCUGGCGGCGUAGACGCUCAAGAUUCUGGAGAAUUUUUCAAGCAAAUGCCUUAUGAUGUCCUUGCUAUUGGAAACCAUGAACUGUACAAAUACGCAAAUACCUUCGACAUGCACACAAACUUUGGGCGCCACUUCCAAGACCGGUAUCUCUCCUCGAAUGUCAAUAUCACUGUUUUUGACGAGAGCGGCAAACCCGUGAGCUUGCCUGUAGGCAAACGAUUUCGCAAAUUUAAGACGCGCAAAGGCAAAAGCAUCACAGCGUUUGGUGUCCUCUACGACUUCACAACAAACGAUGUGAAUACCACCGUGCAGCCAGUUGAGAGCCUCAUACGUGAGAAGUGGUUUCUUGACGCGAUAACGGAAGAACCAGAUGUAUUUCUACUCGUCGGACAUAUGACAAUCUCUAGCUAUGGCUGGGGGCUUGUUUUUGACACUAUUCGCGAAAGACAUCCGACUACUCCCAUUUUGAUUUUUGGUGGUCAUCUGCAUAUCCGUGAUUGCCUGCAGUUUGACGAGCGGUCAAUGUCUUUGGCCAGUGGACGAUAUAUGGAGACGAUAGGGUGGAUGAGUGUCGAUUUCGACGAAGCCGGCACUGGUCCUUUGAAUUUCAGUCGCCGUUACCUGGAUGCCAACCCAACAACGUACAAGUACCACACCGGGAAAUCAGACGACACAUUUUUCACCGAGCAGGGCAAAAACAUCACGGACGGAUUACAUCAGCUCGAAAAACGCUUCGACUUGACUUACCAGUAUGGUGUUUCUCCAAGAGACUUUACCAUGACGCGGGACCAAUACCCAUCUAAAGGUUCUCUGCUGUCUUUGACCGCAGAAGAGGUCGUUCCGUUGGCCAUCUCCCUAGACACUUCGCGCACCAACAUCCCUUUUAUUCUCAUUAUCAGCUCGGGAUCGCAGCGUUUCGACAUUUUCAAAGGACCACUGACGAAGAACGACCAACUCACGGCAUCGCCUUUCGUGAAUCGCUACAUUUACAUUCCGGAUGUCCCUUAUGCUGCGGCGACCAAGGUGCUGCCCACUUUGAACGCAGAUGGGCCAGAACGGAUAUGGGUUGACAGCGAGAAAAUGUCUUCUCCUGAGGAGCUUAGACAACGGCGAAUUAGAGAGUUGGAGAGCAAUGUAGAGCGAAGCUAUCGGGGAUGGUUAGAAGACAUGCAUCAACGAAAAGCGACUACCUUGUCAGAACUAACACUUGGAUAUGUUACGGCCGACUCUUGCCCAGGCGUUGGCGACGAUGUCGAGCACACACCGCUCCCUGUCUACCCAAUCCCAUCCUUCAUUGCGUCAAGAACUCCAGACCCAAUUCACACGCAUGUCGACCUUGUCUUCGACGACUUCUUCAGAGACCAGAUCCUCAAAACACUGAAUAAAGUUCAAAGUUCUCGUAUCUACGCAGUCGAGGAUGUUGCAGACUACACAGAUGUGCUCUCAAACGAGGUUUUGGGGAUAUAUGCGCAACAUGUGUGGAACUAG